UUCCAACCAAACCCAACCACAGUUUCGACCACUCGUGUUACUUUCAAGGCCACACGCCUCAGGAAAGUAGUCUCAAUCAACGAUUGUUUAUCUCAAAUCAUGGCGACCAUCAUCUUGGGCGCCCAAUGGGGCGAUGAAGGCAAAGGCAAGCUUGUGGACUCGGAACUGCAUACCGCUCGUGCCAGACUCGUGGCCAGAGCUGCAGGAGGUCACAAUGCCGGUCACUCCAUCAGGGCGCAAGGUGUAUCAUACGAUUUUCACCUCCUUCCUAGCGGUCUGGUUGCCGAGCACUGCAAGGUCAACCUGAUCGGCUCUGGUGUGGUGUUUCACGUGCCGACUUUCUUCUCCGAGCUGGCCGUAUUGGAGAAAAAGGGCCUCAAGAACGUUCACGACCGCAUCUUCGUUUCUGACCGUGUCUCCAUCAACCUGGAUCUUCAUAUUGCCGUCGACGGCCUCGAGGAGGGUGAGCUCGGAUCGCGCAAGAUCGGCACCACGCGCCGUGGAAUCGGCCCUGCGUAUGCGUCCAAGGCCGCCCGCACUGGCAUCAAAUUGGCCGAAGUGUUUGAUGCCGAGACCUUCGAGAGGAAACUCCGACAUCUGCACUCUGGAUACGCCAAGCGUUACGGGGACCUUCUCCAGUACGACGUGGAAGACGAGCUCAAGCGAUUCCAAGACUACCGGGUCUCCCUGGCCAAGUAUACUGUGGACGCGGUGGCCCUGGUCAAGGAUGCGCAGGACAAGAACACAGAGAUCCUCAUCGAAGGCGCCAAUGCCCUGAUGCUUGACGUUGACUACGGAACGUAUCCCUACGUUACUUCAUCGAACACGGGACUGGGUGGUAUCUUCACUGGCCUUGCGAUCGACCCUCGAAAGAUCCGCGAGAUUGUUGGGACGGCGCUAAUGCUAUUUGCCAACCAUCACAGAGUCGUCAAGGCCUACACCACCAGGGUCGGAGAGGGACCCUUCGCUACUGAAGAUACGGCUGAGGCUGGCACAAAGCUGCAAGACAUUGGCCGGGAAUGGGGCGUGAGCACGGGACGCAAGAGGCGAUGUGGAUGGCUAGAUUUGGUGGUGGUGAAGUACAGUACAGCUAUCAACCACUACACGGCCUUAAACCUUACAAAGCUUGACGUCCUUGAUUCCUUCGAGAAGAUCAAGAUCGCCGUUGGGUACAAGGACCCGCAGACAGGCGAGGAACUCGCCUCGUUUCCAGCGAGCCUCGAGCAACUCGGCCGUGUCGAGGUUGUCUACCAUGAGAUGCCGGGCUGGAACACGCCCAUCACGCACAUCAAAACAUAUACCGAGCUGCCGAAAGAAGCGCGUGAUUACGUGGAGUUCAUCGAGACGUUCAUCGGCGUCAAGAUCAAGUGGAUUGGCACAGGCCCGGACCGCGGUAAGACCGACCCGGACCCCCGUCCCCUCCCCCUCUAUGCCUCCUAUGCUUUCUCUAUAGUACCAAUAUCUGGUACCGAGACUUUUCGAUGCUGCCUUGGCCCUGUGGACCGCAUCGUGAAGAUUCCUAUAUCACUUGGUGGGCUAGAAUACUAAUUGUAGGCAAUCUCAAUAGAGGACCUGAUCUAUCGUGGAGACUAGUUUGCUACUAGCGACUAAGCCACAAGGACAUCUCUCUUGUCCACAGCGCACGGCGAAGCAGCAGCAGCAGCAGCAGUCAUUUGUCACGUUGAACUUGGGAGCCUUCAACAGGAUGAUAGAUGUUUCACUGGCAGGAAGACAAAAUAGAAAAGAGCAAUUAGAUUUUAUAGACCUGUC